ACAGCAGCACAGCUUGGCGCGUUAAUACUGCAACAACCGUUUUGGACGUGCGUCAUCCAUUCAGAAUGUAGAGCCAGAACCAUCCGUUAAACAAUAAAUAUGUAACGUAUUAAACAACAAACCUACAUCGUUUAAAUGUUUAACUAGCCAUGUAGCUAAUUACGAUUACAGAAGUUGCACUUGUUUUGGAUUUCUGUCGACUUGUCGACCUCUGUUUACCGUGUCUCCCCAGAUCCGGAGUAAAGAAGAAAAGCAGGACACUCUCGUGCCAUCUGAGACCCCCUGUCUAAGUUCAGACAGCACAGUUGUCAGCACCAUCCACCAUGAUGAGCGCCCUGAGUAUUCUGGUGUUUUACAGAGACUCUGAAUCUCUGGACAACUGUAUUCAGAGCACGCUCUCCGCUCUCUACCCUCCAUUUGAAGCCACUGCGGCCACCGUGCUGUGUCAGGUGUUAGACGUGGUUGAGACGAAAUACCGUGGAGACGGACUACGCUACAUCAUUGACUUCCUGGUGCCCGCUAAACACAUCCUACAGAGCAUUCAACAGGAUGCAUGCUUCCCAUACUGUGGUUUCCUGUUUCGUCAUGAGGGCUGGCCGCUGUGUGUCCAUGAGAAGGUCAUAAUUCAGCUCUCAUCUUUGGACUGGCGUGUGUUACGGCCCAGCGACUUCUACUUACAGGUGACGCCAUCGCCCAAAAGCCCCCCACGCAUCACGGUGAAGUGUCUGGCAACUAGUGGGCAGCAUGUGGAGGAGCUGGACGUGCCAGAGCUAGCAUACACCUCUUUAUUCACAAUGGAUUGGCUGGACUCCAUCAACCGGGAGAGGAGUGUGGUCAGAAAAGCCACCCUGGAACACUGUCUUUUAUCAGCGGAUAAUGAUAUUUUUAGGGUACCGUGGGAGGAUAUUGUUCACCCGGAGUUUAUCAGCAGGCCCCCAAAAGUUACAGAAGUAGCUGAAAGUAGAGGGGUGGUCAAGGAAGUUGCCAACAGAGAGGAAAGGGACUCAGACGUAGAUCAAGAAGACAACCCUGAGGAUAUACAAUGUAGGAUUUUUAUUGACACUUCCACGGACCAAUCGGGGGAGAUGGACUGUCAGAGCAAGGGGGUUAAGCUCCUUCCUGCUCUCAGUGAGAUCAGUAAAGAUAGCAGUGGACAGAGCUCUAGCAGCACGGCAGAGGAUUCGGAGGGAGAGUAUGUGGAGCUAGCUGAUAUCUCCUUACCACGCUUUUCCCCACAGAAGGGCUCUCUCACUCAAGCCAUUAGCAUGAACUACAGAAAUCUACAUAAACCACAGACUUCUACUCAGCCUAAAGCCAAACCAGAGCAGAGUUUUUUGAAGAAUGGCGCAUGCUCACAGAGCAUGGUGUGUGCUAUGCUGAUUGAGGAAAACCUGAGUGAUACCUACCAGCCUGUGAUUUUAACCCCCACUGCACCUGCAGAGGCAGAACGUCAACUACAGCAGGUGGAUGGGUCUGAGCGCACCUGUGCUGCAGGUACAGCCUCCCGUGACAGUGUGUCUGAGCAUGAGUCUGAGAGAGAGUUUGUGUCUCAAAACUCUGACUGUGAUACUGCUCCACUUUCUGAUACAUCAACAUGUAACACAUCACAACCAGACAACAAUCUAGUCAGCAUAUUACAAACAGACAAUAAACCAAUCAAUACAUCACAACUAGACAGCAAUCUAUUCAGCACAUUACAACCAGACAGUAAACCAGUCAACACAUCACAACUAGUCAACGAGCCAGUAAAGACACCACUAUCAGACAUUAAACCAGUAAGCACAUCUCAGCAAGACAACAAACUAGUCAGUGCAUCACAACCUGACAGCAAACCAGUUGGCAGAGCACAACUAGUCAGUGAGCCAGUCAGGACAUUGCAUCCAGACGUUGAACCAGUAAGCAUUGGUCAGCUAGAGAACAGUCUAGCUAGCACGGCACAAUCAGACAGCAAACCGGUCAGCAUGUCACAACUAGUUAAUGAGCCAGUCAAGACUUCACAACCAGACGUUGAACCAGUAAGCAUAUCUCAACCAGACCUUAAACCACUAAACAUAUCUCAACUAGACAACAAACUAGUCAAGACAUCACAACCAGACCAUAAACCAGUAAGUAUAUCUCAACUAGACAACAAACCAGUCAACACAUCACAACUAGACAAUGAGCCAAUCGAGACAACACAAACAGACAUUAAACCAGUAAGCACAUCUCAACUAGACAACAUACUAGUCAGCACAUCUCAACCAGAGAGCAAACCAGUCAACACAUCACAACUAGACAAUGAGCCAAUCAAGAUAUCACAACCAGUGAUCAAACCAGUAAGCACAUCUCAGCUAAACAACAAUCUAGUCAGCACAUCACAACCAGAUAACCAACCAUUGCACACAUCACAACUAGAAUGUGAACUAGUUAGUAUAUCUUUACCAGAUAGCAAACCACUCAAUGCAUCACAUCUGUACAGCAUGCCACCAAGUAAAUCACAAACAGACAGCCAAACAGUUCACGUGGAGCAACAAGACAGUGAAGUAACUAGUAUAUCACAACCAGAGAAUGACAUGUUGUCUUGUACUUUAGAGAGGGAAAACUCAGAACAAGUUUCUCCGGCUAAAAUUGAACUUGUUGUGUUUGAUCCUGCUGCAGAAGCAGAAGUCGUAUUUGAAUCUAAGCAGGUCCAAGGUGAUCAUGGCCUGGACGGCUGUUGUGAUUUGCAGAAUUGCAAAGUGUUGGUUUCUGAACCUCUAACUGUCAGUGUGUCUUUACAAAAACAGACUGAGCAAACAGAGCACAGCCCAUGUCAGAUACACAAACACAUCCAAACACCACCUGAGCAAGUGCAUGAUCUUUUUGCGACAAAAGAAGACCAUCAAGCAUUUUGUAACAGUAGCCAUGACAAGAAUGAAUCUGAUGGCGAUUAUAGUUUGAGUGCAGAGGAAGAAAGUGGGCCUGUUUCGGCUGCUCCGCAAAGCGAACAGGUAACUUUGGCCUCCGUCACCACAGAGCCUGAGGGGGAUCCAGUUACACUCAUUUCACAGGGUCAGGUGAGGACAGAGUCCCACGAGAACAGAAACAGCGAGACUGAGGUGGAACUCCAGACAAAAGAAGCACAUGCAGAAAGAGAAGUAGUGAGAAAUUUACCUCGUAAGGAGGAAGAAACAGUAGAAAAGAAAAGCAUUGGAGUGACAGAAAGCAAGACAGAGAAUGAUAUAGUAGCAGUUUGUAAGGCAGAGGAAGUUGAGACUGCUCAAACAGGUCUGGUAGAUGCCACACCCAAGUCUGAUUCCAACGUUCAAGUUCAGGAGGAGGGCAGCUCCUCUGUAGGAACAGAUGAGAAGAAACAAACCGAUGUUGAAGUGAAGGGGUGGAGGAAGAGGAGACCAAGGGCAUUACUGAGUGAGCAAGAGGCCAUAGUGACCAGCUAUUCUGAAAAUAGAGUCGAGGCAGCAUGCAAUCAAGUCCUUGAUCCAGACGCAGAUGUGCUGAACACAAAUGGACACAUGCACACUCAGGACACACCUACCACCGAAGAAGAAGGGCAAAAUACAAAGGAGGAGGAGGAGGAGAGAAAGGGGGAAAAGGAGGAGAGGCAAGAGAAUGAGGUUACUUCCUCUGUGAAUGGCUCUCCAGCAGGGCAUCAGCAGCAAGCAGACAUGGAGACUCAUUACCAUCAGCAGGAAGAGCAAGCAUCCAGUCAGGAAGUAGACAGCAUUGUUUCUCACCUGUCUGCUAAAACCCAAAGUGAAGACCCCUCAGCAGUUCCUUCACCACUGCCGCCCAUCUCCCAGAAGACCCAGCCUGUCCAGAGUGAGGCUCAUGACAUCAAUCCUGAUGUCCUGAGCUCAGGAGUGCUGUGUCUGCCUGGAACAAGAGAUAAAUCGGGCCAUGCCCUUGUGACAGUGACCAUGAGAAACACUAUCUGGUUGAAUCCGCACUGCAAUAGCGGAGAGCUGGUGCGGAUCAUGGUCUACUUCUUCAGUACACUCAGGAAGGAAGUUAGUGCUUUGGGACUGACUGUCCUGGUGGAUGCCCGCAGGUUUUCUCCCGUCCCCGCCCUCUUUAAAUCCUUCAACAUCCUCCAGGAAGCCAUGCCGGGAUGCAUCCAUACAGUACUGCUGCUGGCCGACAGAGAUCUGGCUCUACGUAUGGAGAAAACCACUGCUAUACAGGUGGAGUUGUUGACAUCGCUCAAGUCUCUCUAUAAGCAUGUGGACAUCGCUCAACUCCCCACGGAGUUUGAAGGCACUUUCCCUUAUUCCCACAGCAGCUGGAUCUGUUUCAGAAUGAGGCUGGAGCAGCUGACCAGCCACUGUGAGAAUGCUGUGAACCUGCUUCAGAACACCAUCAGCAAACUGGAGUCCACAGUGCUGCCACCUACAGCAGAGGAGGCACAGAUCUUAUUGUGCAAGUACAGAGAGUUGAUGAGGACUGUUCUGGAGGACAGCAGGUUGGUGCGGCUACAGCUGGAGGGAGGAGCCGCUCUGUCCCGUUUGCGAAAAGAGGAGACCAGUGUCAGUCUGACAGAGGACUACAGAGAUGCCAUCGAGAGUGCAGGCUGUCUUUACAACCAAGUGGACGAGUUGGUUCACAGACUGGUGAUGCUGUCCAACAAAUGCACACAGGAACUGGAGUUCAUAAUGGAGUUUAAGACUCUGGAGGAGGGAUUCAGAGAGGUGAGUCAGUGGAUAGAAGAAGUGGGCGAGACUCGUCUGCAGACACUGAGUGAGCUGGAAGAUUCAUUGGAGCAGUUACAUCAUAAACAGACUGUCUUCAGAGAAUUUUACACAGCUGCAUAUGAGCACUGUAAGAGCGGAGAAGCUCUCCUUAAGCGCUUAGAGAAGUGGGAAGACAUCUCUUCUGCGGAGCUGCAGGUGUACGAGGUGAAAGUACGCUCAUUCUGGGUCCAUCUACAUGAUUUCUCCCAGCGAGUGGAGGAAACCAAGGAUAAAAUUGACAAGACUGUUCGACUUUACGAGUUCUUUGACAAGGCUUAUGAAUGGGCGCUAGAGGGCAUGCGUCAUUUGGCGUGUGUUAGUAUGGAGGAAUGUGGCAUGUCUGAGAAGUGUCAGAGCGUGAUCACGUGUUUGGAGACCUAUCGCAGUCAGCACCCCCCAAUCCCCGACGCACACUUCCAGGAGAUGAAGGACCUCGCUGGGGAGCUGAAGAGUGAACAGGGACUCAAGCAGUGGAAGUUUGCCUGGUCCAAGUGUCAGGAGACCAAGCAGAUGUUUGAGAAGAAGCUGGAGAUGGCCCUGCGCACCCGCCGCGAGAGCGACUCUAAAUCAGCGAAGGGUGACUCCUCUCGCCGGAACUCGGACUGUAGUGCUAAACCUCAGGAGCGUAGCAGUAGCAUCUCCUUCUCAUGUCGGAAAGCGUUUGGUGGAGGCUGGGGCAGGGACAGACUUUCCUCACAGUCCAGCAUGUCCUCCAGUCCUAGCAGUCCUUCAGGCAUUCGCAUGGACACCCGUGACUCUGUCCGAACCCCAACAGGAAGUUCAUACAGCAUUGAGCACAGAAUCCCCACAGCACCCUCUGUGGGUCGCUUUGGUCACCCCUUAACCCCCUUGGGAAACAGGCCUGAGAUACAGAUCACUUUCCCAGGUGGGCGCUGGUCCUCUGGCUUUGAAGUGGUGGGGAGCCUGUUUGUGUUCUGCUCCUCCACACAGAAGAGAUGGAUGGAUAAACUACGCCACAUCGUAGAUGAGAUGGUAACAACGGAGCGGGAAUAUGUGCGUUCUCUGCGGUACAUCAUUGACAACUAUUUUCCUGAGAUGGAGCGCGCUGACCUGCCACAGGACCUGCGGGGAAAGCGCAGUGUCAUCUUCGGAAACCUGGAGAAGCUGGUGGACUUCCACAGCCAGUAUUUCCUGAAAGAGCUUGAGAGCUGCUGCAAUCAUCCACUACGCGUCAGCCACUGCUUCCUACGACAUCAAGACCAGUUCAGCCUGUAUGCUUUAUACAGCAAGAACAAGCCAAAAUCCGACACACUUCUGGCCAGCCAUGGAAACAGUUUCUUCAGGCAUAAGCAGCUAGAGUUGGGGGAUAAGAUGGACCUGGCGUCGUACCUGCUGAAGCCCAUCCAGCGCAUGAGUAAGUACGCCCUGCUGCUGAAAGACCUGAUCAAAGAGGUGAGCGAAGUCCAGGAGCAGGAGCUAAUGUACCUACGUGCCGCCGCUGAGAUGGUCAAAUUCCAGCUUCGCCACGGCAAUGAUCUGCUCGCCAUGGACGCUAUCAGAGAUUGCGAUGUGAAUUUAAAGGAGCAGGGGCAGUUGGUUCGGCAAGAUGAGUUCACAAUUUGGUAUGGCAGGAAGAAGUGCCAAAGACACGUGUUCCUGUUUGAGGAUCUAGUGCUGUUCAGCAAACCCAAACGUAUUGAGGGUGGCCUAGAUGUUUACAUAUACAAGCACUCUUUUAAGACGGCUGAUGUGGGUAUGACAGAGACGUCGGGUGAGAAUGCUCUGAGGUUUGAGGUCUGGUUUAGGAGGAGAACUUCAAAGAACCAGACCUACAUUCUACAAGCAAGCACUGCCGAGAUCAAACAUGCCUGGACCUGCGACAUUGCACGGAUACUAUGGCAGCAGGCCACGAGAAAUAAAGAAAUUCGAAUGCAGGAGAUGGUCUCUAUGGGGGUGGGCAAUAAACCCUUCCUGGACAUUAAACCCAGUGAUGCUGCUAUCAACGACAGAGCCAUUGACUACAUUAUGAAAGGCAGAGGGGCCAGGACGAGAGCCUCCAUUGCCGUCUCGCUUUUUGAUCACUCAAACCCAUUCAAACGAGCUGCAGUAAACACUCCCGUUAGUGGCCCCCCAGUGUCCAGUGGCCCCUCCUCGUCCACGCUGCUGGGGCCCUUGAAUCUGCAUAUGUACAGCAGUCAAAGCCUGUUAGCAGGGGAGAGACCUCUCAUCAGCCCCUGCAUCGAGGAAGACGAGCUGGAGCACGAGACCAGCAGUCAGCCGUCUAUGACUACAGAGAGUUCGGGUUCGUCAUCUCACUGUCUGUCAGGUAGUGGCUCGAGCGGAUCAGACAGCGGAUGUGUGUCCAGUCACCUUCCCGAGGCUUUGUCCGAGGAGCCCAGCUCACCGUGUGACUCCUCCUGUUACUCCUCCAUCACCUCUCCCACCCAGGAGAAACCCUGCUUUAACAGCCAAUACAUCUCAGCGGGAGAAGCUCAGGUGAUUGGUCCCUCAACUAUAGUGUGAGCUCAGUAACCACUGCUGCAGUUUAAGACCUGUCUGCUUCAGACUGCGAAGACAACGUUGCCGCACCGAAGAGGAGUACAGAGCUAGUAUUUAUUGUUCCCAUUGAGUGCCAGCAAAUCUCACGCAGAGUUUAAAAAGCGCUCAAAAUAGCACUGUUUCUCUUUUUCUUUUUUAUGCCACUUUUAGCUUCAAUAGCUUUUAUAUAAUUUUAAAAAUGAUCUAUAAAACUGAAUAAAUAUUCUUGUAUUUAUCUUCUUUUCAAAUGUUAAGAGACAGUAGUGUUCUCAGCUGUAUUAUUAACUGUAAAUACUGUAGUAGUGUACAAUACACUUCUGAACUGUUGCGGUUAUUCAGUUCCAACUGUUGUUGUUGUUGUUGCCCAUUUUGCUGCAAACUUCAGCUGGUUUGAUUUAGAAAAAAAUGCCUUAAUGUUAAAAGUCAUGGCUAGAUUUCUAAGCAUCAGUACACUAAAGGUGUUAAGCAAUGUUUAAAGCAUUUGUUGUAGAGUUUCUGUUCUUUCUAGUGUUUCAAUAGUUUGUGGACCUGUAGUCAGUCGAUAUGCUGUAUGAUAGCUGGCCUGAUACAGAAUCAGAGAGCAUUAAUUCAAAUCAUACAACUGACCUCAGGUCAUCUCUGCCCAGCACUGCUGCCUGUUUGGAGAUGGUGAGAGUUUUCAUUUCAGUUCUCUUAUUUACAUUAUUAAGUAUAACAAAAUACAACAUGUAAAUUGUAAAUAGUUGCACCAGUGGUGCUUUGAGGACAUAGCGUUUAGGAAGUAAUGUUUAUACAUGUAUUAACCAGUCAACAUGGGAAUCACUCAAGUGCCAUUCUUUGUUGCCAACCCAAAUUGGAAGUGUACAAACAAAAGAUAAUAAUAAUAAAAAUUUGAAAAAAAAAACCUUGCGAGUUCCACUUCAAGCUGAAGCAUGAGUAUGUACUCAAGUGUUUUAUUUUUCCAUCUUAACAAGUUCACACAGAAGUAAUAAAGACCAGAUUGCUUUGUACCGAUAAA